AUGAAGGAGCUCAGUGCCACGAUCAGUAGAGAUGGUUAUGACACCACCGGCAUCAUUAAGCCUCAACAAAAGAAAAGUGAUAAACGACUCAGGAAGCUGUACAAGGAAUGUAUGGUAUUGAGUGAUGAGGAAAUUGAAAUGGAGCUUAAGAAUGAAGACUCCACCGAUUAUGAAAGCGCAAACGAUGAUUGGCCUACUAAGAACUCAAAUGUACUUGCAGCCACCAAUCAAGAGUCACUAAUCGGUGAUGGACCCAGCUCCGACGAAUGGGAGAAUUUCACGGCUGAAAAUUACAUCCAAAGGCUGACAGCACUAAUUAACGAAAGACAUUGGGUUAUCGGCCCCGAUUUGGAAAAUACUGACCAGGAUGAGCCAGAUCAAGAGGAUUUUCCCGCGAUCGGCUGGACCACUAUUGACCGACCUAUCAAUCCACUUGAUGAAGAGUACGGAACUCAGUGGGUAAGCCUUGGUCCUAAUAAGGAGCAGCCCCAUGAGAUUCCCAAGACACCUAGAUUUAAAUCCCCACAAGAUGAUGAUGAAGCGAAUCAAUAUGCCGCAUGGCUACGGGAGCCAGAUCAAGCACAGUUAGCAGAAUUAGAAGCACACUAA